AUGGGGAAAAGGGAAUUUGGUCCCAUUCAUCAAGUUGGCAAAUUUGCUGAAGAAGAGGGCGCUAUUACUUUGGUUGGAGGAGGGGAGGGGGUCAGUUUGAAGACAGGUCCUCUUGUGCCCACGGCGCGUACUUACCAUCAUGGUACAUGCGUAGCCUACGUCAUCCGCACUACGUCCAUGUGUUGCAUACUCAUCAGUUCAGUUCUUGUGUACUUUUACGUAACCUCUCUCUCUCUCGCCGACAUGGUGGUGAUGGCCACCCUACUGCGUUCUGUAAUGGCGACGAAUAGAGGGGAGAGCCAACACACUACAUCAGGCAUCCUGUCUGACAGUCGCGCGCUGCUCGGCUGCAAUCGCUUAAUUUGUCUUUUGAUGUUACAACAGGAGGGGGGUGAGGGAAAGGAUGAGGUGAGGCAGUGCAUCUCCACCCUGAAGGACAAAUUUCUCACGGCCAGGUUUCGCGGAGUUGUGAGGUCUCAGGAAACAGUGACGAUACCGGAGUGGUUGACCCUGGCGGAGGGGGUGCGGUCGCAUCCACUAACGGAGAAAAUAGUAGUACCGGGCACCCUGGACCGCCUCAUUGGAGUGCUUAGUGUUGCGACUGAGGAACUGCCCGAUUGUCCGCUCUACUUCCAGUCGGAUCGCCUUUGUGCCACCCUCCGCACUGUCGUGCCAAAAAUCGCCCUCAUCAGGUCAGCCCGCCUGUCUGUCUGUUCGACUGUCAGCAUAGCCCUCUACGAGAACUCUGGAUGGCUGUGGCAAGCUUGCUUAUUAUCGGCACUUCUCAAUGCCGGUUACCGCGUCUCCUUCUCCCAUGCGGCGCUGAGUUCCAUCAAGACGGAUGCGCCGAUGUCCUUCAUUUGGGACGUGAUGUGUGCGUGGAAGCGGAAGCACGAAGCUGAGGUAAGGGCUCAAAAACGUUUGAGAUCUCCAACACCACCACCACCGAGGGAAGGGGACAAUGUUGAGAUAGGGGAUGAUGAAAAGACAACGGAGUCGAAGAAACAAAACAAGUGUGGCAGGAAGCACCCACCCAGCGAGGCGGCUCUUCGCGUUGUCGACAGACUGAUGUCGCGUCCACCCAACCCAGCGAUCUCUUUUGAUCCCCAUCCUGACGCCAAUCCUCCCUCGCGGGCUAGUGGACUUUUGAGGCAAGUUGCAGCAUAA